CGGACUCACUGAUAAACCUUGCCUCUGCUUUUGGUCUCUACGCGUAGCUUUUCAUUCAUACUAAACCCUACUUUUUCACCAUGUCGGCGAUCGAUAACGCUGGAUUCUGUAUCUUCCUGUGUCUGGUAGCUGGGUGCGCGCUGGCGGUGCAGGCGACGGUGAAUGGCGCCGGAGGCAUGAAGGUGCCGGGCCAGAUCGUGCCCUGGGUGACAUUCUUUGGCGGCAUGGUGGUUUGCUUUAUUAUCUGGAUCGGCGAAAGCAAGGGGGCCAAGAAUCUGGACUACAAGCAGCAGCUCGGCGACUCUCCGUGGUAUGCAUGGAUAGGCGGGUUGUGCGGCGCUUUCUACGUGUUUGUGAUCACCUACAUGAUCCCGAGGCGCGGUGUCGGCAUCUGCAUUGCCCUGUCGGUGGUUGCGCAGAUGGUCAUGGGCAUGCUGGUUGACCACUUCCACUUCAUGGGUAAUGCUGAGCGGGAAUACACGGUGUAUCGUGGAAUCUCGACUAUUGGGUUUGCCGCGGGCGUUGUAUUGAUUAUGUUCUACUAACUAUUACAAAGAAAAUGCAAAAGUACCAUGAAGACAGACAACGGCAGUAUCAGUAUCUCUACAGCCAGCAUCCUGAAUGUUGCACUCUCCACAGCUGCGCGCUGUGUUUGCUGGCUGAUUAUCUCCCACGGCUGUCAAGGGUGGAUGGCGUACAGAAGUAACAGGUGCGCAGAAACAA